UCUUUCUGUUGAUAACAAAUACAGUUAAUUACCUGCACGCGUAUUUACUAGGUCGUGCUCAUAAAAUCAUAUUCAACCAGUGACUCAAAAUUCACGCCGCAAAAAUGGCGUUACUAAGCCAAAUAAUCUCACUUACCGUGUUAGUUCUAACCGUCGAAGCAGCGGUCAACCCAAGGUACUACCCUCGCUACCAUCUAGCCCCCGAAUGUGGUUGGAUGAACGACCCCAACGGCCUGAGUUUCUACCAGGGAUUCUACCAUCUCUUCUACCAAUACAACCCGAAGUCCAGUCUAGAACCAGGCAUAGCGCAUUGGGGCCACGCCAGAAGCCGAGACCUUGUGAAUUGGGAACCGCUGUCUAUAGCUAUGUAUCCUGAUGAGACCUACGAUGCUGAUGGCGUCUUCAGCGGCAGUGCGUACAUUGAAGAUGGAUUGUUGUAUUUAUACUUCACGGGUAAUGUCAAUCUUGAUGCUGUUGUAUACAGGAAUGAAACCCAAGCUUUAGCUGUUAGUGGUGAUGGAUUCCGCUUCGUGAAAUACCCUGACAAUCCUUUGAUUUUGGGGACGGAAUUCCAGCCUAACAUCCGGGACCCUAAAGUUUGGAAGCACGAGGACACUUACUACAUGGUUCUGGGACAUUCCAUCGAAGAUAAGACAGGAGAGAUCGUUUUGUUCACUUCAAAGGACAAAUUCCAGUGGAAUUACGAGGGUGUUUUAGCCCAAUCGGAUGGAUCUUUGGGCUACAUGUUUGAAUGUCCUGACCUUUUCGAGUUAGAUGGAGAGGCCAUCCUUCUCUUCUCGCCUCAAGGGGUUGAGCCUGAUGGUUACAAAUACAGAAACCUAUACCAAACCGGCUACUUGGUAGGCAAAUUCGACUACAAAACCAACAAGUUCAUUCAAGAGAGGGAAUUUGUCGAGCUGGAUCACGGACACGACUUCUACGCGACUCAGACCUUUGAGCACGAGGGCAGACGGAUCUUAUUCGCGUGGAUGGACAUGUGGGACCAGAACUACCCUGAAGGCGGCGAUGGAUUUACAGGCAUGAUGACCUUACCCAGAAUCCUGACCCUCACCCCAGAAGGCCACGUCCUUCAAAACCCAGCAGAAGAAGUUGAUAACCUUUCUGGUGACAUAGUCUUCUCUGACAACGCAAACCCGAAAACCCCAAUCGUUUUGCCCGAUAAAUCUGCGCGCAUUUGGAUCGAAAGCUCCGGAACUGAAGACUUAGAGGUGUUACUAUCUGCCACAGGUACUAACACUAGCACUGUCAGUAUUAAAUUCGAUUUUGGGGCCGGUUUUGUGAUCCUAGACCGUGGUGGCGACGACGGUGUCAGAAUGGCGCCCUGGACGCCUUCAAAUGGAGAGAAAUUGUUGUGGAGAGUGUAUGUAGAUGCUAGCUCUAUUGAGUUGUUCUGUGGGAAGGGUGAAGCUACGUUCUCGAGCAGGUUUUUCCCCACUUCUGAUGUGGCAGUCAGUGUAGUGACGGGAGAUGUCAGUAAAUUUGAGGUUAAGGCGAUACCCCGUACUCUGCCUAUUACGUCAGGGGAUAAGUGUCUAUAAAUAACAUUUGCUAGUCAGACUAUAGUAAUUUAUAAGCAAUAAAAUGGACAACCGAAAAUU